AUGUUCAGCGUUUUCCCUUGUCUCGCCAGCGAUGAUGUCUUCCCGCUGUGGUACUGGGUUGCAAGAUCAAUCGUCACGACUAUCAAUAUAAAGGGAGUCCUCACGAUCGGUUGCUACCGUCUAGGCAAGGCCAACCGGGAUGGGAAACCUGUCCGAGAGGCCAUCGUGAACAUUCUUGAGCAGCAAGGGUUUUGGAUGGUCGCCAUGCUCGUCCGGGGGGAUAAGAAUGUCUUCGAUAUGGACGGCCGUCAAGAGUCUCCUUCGACACUAGCCACUGUAUCGAAGAAAUUUGGAACGUUCGGAGAGUGGCUCGAGUUGCAAAGCCCUGAACACUGGGUGCCAAUGGACAUAUACGUACACUGUGUUUUGCAAGAGGAUAAGUAUUUACUAUCGGAAGAACAGCACAGUGUGCUGCACCUUGCCUUUGCUGAGCUGGUGCUGACCAAAACAGUCUUCCAAAAGGGAAGAAAGGAAGGAGUCUUUAUAGGAAACGAUGAUGGCGCCCAACGAAUCCUCCAGACAGAGUCACCAAGCAGAUAUGAAAUGGGUAGUGUACGCAACUCUCUGGCCAGCGAUAUCCAACGGCUCGAGAAAGACCCCGAAUUUCAGAGACUGAGUCGCAUCCAAGAAGCAAUUGAAAACGGUGACGAUGAGUCUCUGACUCCGCGUGAUCAAAAAACAUGGAAGAAUCUCUCAGGCUGUCUCGAUGAGCUGAGGGCAAAUCUCUGA